GUAACUUAGAACUAAUCUUGAUAAACUCCCCUCAUCCACCUUACACACUUCCUCUCCCACCUAUACAGAAAACCAACAACCACCAAACAAAAUGCCCGACCAAACGAAACCCGCUCCCCCAACAAACCCCCGCGGCAUCCCCGCAGCCCCCUUCAUCGACAACGUAACCGACUACGUCUCCAGCCGAAGCGAGGUCGAGCCGACGCUACGGUCCUUCCAAGAAAUGAUCUCAAAGUACCAAUUCAUGGAAGUGAACACGACGAAGCGGGCCCAGGGGCUGCGCGACAAGAUCCCCGAUAUCAAGAAGACGCUGGAGAUGGUGCGAUUCCUGGCCUCCCGGAAAGAUACCUCCACCACUCCGCUGGAGACAAACUUCGAGCUCAAUGAUACCCUGUACGCGCGCGCGACCGUCUCGCCCGCCGACACCGACGAGGUGUAUCUGUGGCUCGGCGCGAAUGUCAUGCUGGCGUACCCUGUUGACGAGGCCGCGACAAUGCUGACGGAGAAAUUGGCCGCUGCGCGGUUGAGUUUGGGGAAUUGUGAGGAGGAUUUGGAGUUUUUGAGGGAGCAGAUUACGACACUCGAGGUCGCUACCGCUAGAGUUUACAAUUGGGAUGUCGUGCAACGACGGAAGGAUAAGGCUGAGGGUAAGGGCGAUGAGGAUGAGAAGCAGCAAUAAGUUAGUAGUAAUCUUGGGAGACCCCGAAACUUUCUUUGUAUAUUCCCGAACCGACAUCCUGUUGAUUGGUCUUGUCAUGAUCUGGCGUCUUUGAUUUUAUCUUCUCAUUGCAUGUACUUAGGUAUGUGCUUCAGUCGACCGCAGGCUGGAAUUUCUCUCAACAAACAAGAUUCACAAUUGUUUGAAU